GGUAGUCGGUGUCAAAUUCUUGUCAAGGUUAAAAUCUCAAAACUGAAUCAAUUCUCAGACAAACAGUCAAUUACAUUCGUACACCCAGUGUAGUCUUAUCAUUCUAAGCAUAGGCACCGUAUUGAUCAUCAUCCUCUGGACCAUUUGAAUAAAAAUAGCUGAUAAUCUUUCGCACUUCAGUGCGGAAUCACCUCACCCCGGCAGCGAGCGGUAACUGUCCAAAUUGAAGCUCCACCUUAUCAGCCACUCGCGACCAUCAUUAUUCAAUCCAACAGUCAGUGCGGACUCCACAGAAGACGUGGAAUCCUCUUGGUUACCGGAGCGUGUGGAACGCAGACUAAGAUCUCAACCUCAGUGAUAUUACUGCCAUCAGCAGCCUCAGUCGUCGGCGUACGCUGGGGAGAUCCUUCCUAGAACCCUUACCGUAUUAUAUAACUCAACUCCUAUAGGAAAUUGUGUACAACAGAACGUUUGUUUUGUGUAGAAAAUUAAUUCAAAUUGCAUAGCGCUGCAGUUUUGAUUACCAGUGGAAGAACAAGAAUACUGAAGUGAAAAGGUUGAAUUCAUUUACAUUCGAUUCCGCCGUGUGCUGUUCAUUCGCUCCAGCCAACCUAAUUCCUAGUUCUAAGUCUGUGUGAACCUUAAUACAAAAAUCUAAAAUCCUCUCAGGUCAGGAACAAAAAAAGGAGUUCCGAAGUUUCUGACUGCCAAUAUCCGCCUAGUCGUCCUAGUAGGCUUUUAUAGUUUGUGCAGCAGUGUGUUAGAAGCGACCUAAAAAACCGAAAUGAAUCUACCUCGCGUCAACCUGGAUGAGCCCCGUUACGACCAGAGUACCUACUUGAAUCGAGCUAAGCAUUUUUUGAUUGUGACCAAUCCGCUGAAUGUGUUCGUCACCGAGGAGCAACUGGACCGAGCGGCACGAAUCGUUAAGGAUUAUCGCGCCGGCAAACCCGUUCCGGAUGUCACCUCGGUGGACGAACUCUGGGCCGCCAAGUACCUGUACGACAGUGCAUUCCACCCGGACACCGGCGAAAAGAUGCUGCUCGUUGGCCGCAUGUCCGCCCAGGUCCCGAUGAACAUGACCAUCACCGGAUGCAUGAUGACCUUCUACAAGUCGACGCCGGCCGUCAUCUUCUGGCAGUGGAUCAAUCAGUCCUUCAACGCCCUGGUCAACUACACCAACCGAUCCGGCAAGUCACCGAUCAGUCAGGAGCAGCUGCUGACGUCGUACUGCAUGGCCACCGGAGGCGCUCUGGUGACGGCAUUGUCGCUCAACCGAAUGGUGCGGAAUGCACCGCCACUUGUUGGACGGCUCGUGCCGUUGGCGGCUGUUGCCGCCGCAAAUUGUAUCAACAUCCCGCUGAUGCGAAUGCAAGAACUCCAAACCGGCGUCACUCUAAUCGAUGACGAUGGCAAAGAACUUGGACAAUCGGUUCGGGCAGCCAGGGAAGGUAUCGCGGCGGUAACCUUCAGUCGAAUCUUAAUGGCAAUGCCAGGCAUGGUGUUCACCCCGGUUCUGAUGAACACGCUGGACAAGCGUGGCAUCCUGAAGCGUAUUCCAUGGGCCAACUCUCCGAUCCAGAUCCUGUUCUGUGGUUUCUGUUUGACGUUCGCGACUCCGCUAUGUUGCGCCCUGUUCAGUCAGAAGGCAUCCAUCAAUGUGGACAGCCUGGAGGGAGAGCUGCGCGAGAAGAUCCAAAAGGAGCGCCCAGAGCUUAAGGUGGUUUAUUAUAACAAGGGAUUGUAAGUCCAACCGGAUAAUAAUCUGACUACAGGGCGUAACUGUAGGUAGAGCAUUUAUUGAAUAUUUUGUGACUACAAAUAUCGGAUAAAGAAUAUUAGGGAACGUGCAGGGACAAUAACUGUUGCUGUCUGAUAUGUUACAUUUGUUUGGCCUAUUUAUGUUGUAGUAAUUUUAAGCGGAAUAACUCAACUAAGUUAAAAUCAAAACUAGACGCUUCGUGCCAUCCAUCUUAGUUUUUUACGCUGGUCAAUAGAAACAAUAGCUCCAUUCCAACCAUUUGCGUUGUACAAAAUAGUCAUCAUGCAAACAAAGACUCAAAUCUUGACUCAAAUUAAAAGACCUAAUCUACCAUACUGCCUACAAUCGCAUAUUUCUUCCAUAUAAAUGGGAAAUCCAGCAAAGAUGGGACUGGUAUGCGAUCAUAGUCAGCAUAGAUGACAGAAGUAUAAUGGUCAUGUUAUAUAAAAGCUCUAAAAUUGAUUUAAAAAAAUGUUGCUGUUCAUGGGAUUUUGAAAAACGUGUCUGCAAAAUGUAUCUGUAAAAUGAAUAAUGUAUGAAAAUAUGUGGCAAAAUAAACAUCAAAGAUUUAUGUAAUCAA